AGGAUAUUUAAGAUAUAAAACUGACACACAGGUUAAUGUGGAAGACUACGCCGAUUACUUUGUUCUUUCUGCUACCUAUGAUGCAGUCUCUUGAUCCUCCGGGUGUUCUUUCUUAUAAUUGGAGCUUCUAUAACUCCACAAUUAUUGGCGCUUCUGCAGUCCUUGGCUUCUUGCUUCAGUGGUCAGGUGCUCUAGCACUUGGGCAAACUUCAGCUACUACCCAUGUUGUUCUUGGCCAGUUCAAAACUUGUGUCAUUCUUCUUGGAGGUUUUCUUCUCUUUGGUUCCAAUCCCGGACCAACUAGCAUAUUUGGAGCAAUCACUGCUCUUGUUGGUAUGUCUUUCUACACUUAUCUUAACUUGCUUUCACAACAGCAAUCAGUUAAAACAUCGUCAAGACAAGCUUCGUUCUCUUUACCAAAAUCAAAGCUCGGCAAAGACAAUGGGGGCAGCGACGAGAUAAAUGGGGAUGAAUCUGUUUAAUUCUACAAUUGACUGAGAGAUGACAAACUGGUAUACUUGAGCAGAG